AAAAGAGGGAAGAGAAACCACAAACCCCAGAAGUCCUCACGUCCACUUUUCUCCCUCCCCCUCCAGGAGUCGGAGUGCUGUUUUUGUUGUUGGUGGAAGGUGAGGGAACAGCUGAUCCGUGUGUGGGGAGGGCAGAUACCUUGAGGGCAAGAUGGAAGAAUCAUCACUAAGCCGGGCACCUUCCCGGGGUGGAGUCAACUUUCUGAAUGUAGCCCGGACCUACAUCCCCAACACCAAGGUGGAAUGUCACUAUACCCUUCCCCCAGGCGCCGUGCCCAGCGCCAGCGACUGGAUUGGCAUCUUCAAGGUGGAGGCUGCCUGUGUUCGGGAUUACCACACUUUUGUGUGGUCUUCGGUGCCUGACAGUGCAACUGAUGGUUCCCCUGUCCACGCCAGUGUCCAGUUCCAAGCCAGCUACCUGCCCAAACCUGGAGCCCAGCUCUACCAGUUCCGGUAUGUGAACCGCCAGGGCCGGGUAUGUGGGCAGAGCCCCCCUUUCCAGUUCCGAGAGCCAAGGCCCAUGGACGAACUGGUGACCCUAGAGGAGGCCGAUGGCGGCUCUGACAUCCUGCUGGUCGUCCCCAAGGCCACUGUGCUGCAGAACCAGCUGGAUGAGAGCCAGCAAGAGAGAAAUGACCUGAUGCAGCUGAAGCUGCAGCUGGAGGGACAGGUGACGGAGCUGAGGAGUCAAGUACAGGAGCUCGAGACGGCUCUGGCAACAGCCAGGCAGGAGCAUGCGGAGCUGAUGGAGCAGUACAAGGGGCUUUCCCGGUCCCACGGGGAGCUCACAGAAGAGAGGGACAUCCUGAGCCGGCAACAGGGAGACCAUGUGGCACGCAUCCUGGAGCUAGAAGAUGACAUCCAGGCCAUCAGUGAGAAAGUGCUGACAAAGGAGGUGGAGCUGGACAGGGUGAGAGACACCGUGAAGGCCCUGACUCGGGAACAGGAGAAGCUUCUUGGUCAACUGAAAGAAGCACAGGCCGACAAGGAGCAGAGCGAGGCUGAGCUCCAAAUGGCACAACAGGAGAACCACCGCUUAAAGCUGGAGCUGCAGGAGGCAAAGGGCCGGCAGGAGGAGCAGAGUGCCCAGGCCCAGCGACUGAAGGACAAGGUGGCCCAGAUGAAGGACACCCUAGGCCAGGCCCAGCAGCGCGUGGCUGAGCUGGAGCCCCUAAAGGAGCAGCUUCGAGGAGCCCAGGAGCUCGCAGCCUCAAGCCAGCAGAAAGCCACCCUUCUUGGGGAGGAGUUGGCCAGCACAGCGGGAGCCAGGGACCGCACCAUGGCGGAGCUACACCGCAGCCGCCUGGAAGUGGCUGGAGUCAAUGGCAGGCUGGCUGAGCUCAGCCUGCACCUGAAGGAGGAAAAAAGCCAGUGGAGCAAGGAGCGGGCGGGGCUGCUGCAGAGUAUGGAGGCAGAGAAAGAUAAGAUCCUGAAGCUAAGUGCAGAGAUACUUCGACUGGAAAAGGCAGUUCAGGAGGAGAAGACCCAGAAUCAAGUGUUCAAGACUGAACUAGCCCGGGAAAAGGAUUCUAGCCUGGUGCAGUUGUCGGAGAGCAAGCGGGAGCUCACAGAGCUGCGGUCAGCCCUGCGCGUGCUCCAGAAGGAGAAGGAACAGUUGCAGGAGGAGAAGCAGGAACUGCUAGAGUACAUGAGAAAGCUGGAGGCCCGCCUGGAGAAGGUGGCAGACGAGAAGUGGAACGAGGAUGCUGUCACAGAGGACGAGGAGGCGGCUGUGGGCCCGAGCUGCCCAGCGGCUCUGACAGACUCAGAGGACGAGUCCCCAGAAGACAUGAGGGUCCCUCCCUAUGGCCUGUGUGAGCGUGGAGACACAGGCUCUUCUCCUGCUGGGCCACGAGAGUCUUCUCCCCUGGUCGUCAUCAGCCAGCCGGCUCCCAUCGCUCCCCACCUCUCAGGGCCAGCUGAAGAGAGUAGCUCUGACUCGGAGGCCGAGGAUGAGAAGUCAGUCCUCAUGGCAGCUGUUCAGAGUGGAGGUGAGGAGGCCCACCUGCUGCUUCCUGAGCUGGGCAAUGCCUUCUAUGACGUGGCCAGCACCAUCUUCCGUGGAGCCCAAAUUGCCCUGCAUCCCCUCUCUCCUGCCCCUCCCCCUUCCCCAACCACCAGUGGCUUUGCAGUGGGUCCCUUGUCAGAGGCCAGCACUGGGGGCCCUGCCACCCCCCCGUGGAAGGAGUGCCCUAUUUGUAAGGAGCGCUUUCCGGCUGAGAGUGAUAAGGAUGCCCUGGAGGACCACAUGGAUGGACACUUCUUUUUCAGCACCCAGGACCCCUUUACCUUUGAGUGAUGUCACCCCUCCCCAGUACAUGCACAGAUGCACUCACACACACACACACACAUACACACACACACACACACACACACACACACACACACACACUCAUGCACAGACUGGGCAUGAUAUUCUGGGCUCCAUGAUAUUCUGGGCUCCAUGAUAUUCUGUUCCCUAAGAACCGCCCCUGCCUUUGAGCCAUUUUCAUCCCAAGCUCUCACUGGCAUCCUCUCCUGCCUGGUUCUUUUGUCCAAGCAGGGGUCCUUUUUGGAAGCGGUGGCUGACCUUACCCCCUAAAAGCGGUUUUGGAGGAACCAGGAUGGAGGAGAACUUCCCCAGGGGCAGGUUGCUUCUGUCACGGACACCAGCCACACACACACACUCAUACACACACACUCUCACACACUCUCUGAUGCCCCAAAGCCAAUUCCCCGGGGCACCCCACCCUCUCUUAUUGGGGGUCUUUGUUGGUUUAUCUGAGUUUUCUCUGGGGCCUGCAUGGAGGCAGCAGCAUGGACAUGACGGCCUCUUCAGGUCUCUUUCAGUUCUGAGCUUCAGUGGUUCUUUCUGUUCCCCGCCCCCCCCCCACAUUGCUUUCUGCACCCCACCCCAGCUUUUUCCACACCAUUAGAUAUGAAAUUUGGAUGUUUCUUUUGUAUUUUUGAGGUUUUCUGUACUCUUACCUCCUGCUCCACCCUGCCACCACCCCCCAGUGUCCUCACAUGGAAAGAAAUAAUGCAUUUGUGCCUUCUGUGAGGGAUGGGGAAAACACAGGGUCCCAGGUGUCCCCGUUUCUCAGCCCUCCUCCCUCUCCAGGUUCCCCCCCCCCAGCAAUAAGAGCUUUCCCUCAUUAUCCCUCCCCCGAUCUGUAGUUUGGACAAAUAUAUUUAUAUGAUAUGUAUAACGAUUCUAAUAAAAUGUGUUCUUACCAUGA